AUGCCAGAUAGCACAUUGGUCCUGGAGUUGCUUAGGCACAGGGGUGGGGGUGGAGAAGAGCAGACCUCGUUCCCUCCUCAGGAUGAAACCCUGGUCUCUUGCUCCCUUCGGGCUCUGCCCAAUGCCCACUUCUCCUUCCCUGUGAGAUUCCAAGGUAUGUAUUACCAGGUGCAGGGCAGGCUGCGGCCCCACGUUCGUGAAUUCCUGGAGAUCCUGAGUCAGUUCUUCCAGAUCAUUAUCUUCACCACAGCUAAAAGGGACUAUGCAGAACCAAUCGCAGAUCUUCUGGAUCCCCACAAGAAGCUGAUUAGGGGCCGCCUUUUCCAGGAUGACUGCGUCUGCCUCCAGGGUCACUAUGUGAAGAACCUGAAGGUGCUAGGACAGGACCUGGCCCGGACAGUGGUCCUGACUGAUUCCCUCCAGGCCUUCCCCUACCAGAUGGACAACCAGCUCCUGAUUCCCCGAUGGCAAGGGGAGAGCGAGGACCGGGAGCUGCCUAAGCUUCUGCCUUUCCUAGAACGUCUAAGUCACUUGGAUGAUGUCCGACCAGAGCUUUGGAGCCUCCACCCCACCCUGAGCACAGAGGAGUGAAGCAGGCCUCCCUUCCCUGAAAAGGUAGAUGCUGAGCCCUGGGGGCUUUCAGUGGUCUGGGAGAGCAACAGGAUCUCCCAGAGAGAGGGCAUCGGUUGCGUUUCAUGUAUGAAGAGACAGAGAAACUUUAAUAAAAUGAUUUUACCGCUCCGGUGGCUGAGGUGGACAAAGAGCCUAUGGCAGAGGAGAGAAUUCUCUGGGCUUCCUGGGUGCAGAGCAGCCAUAAUAAUAGUAACAAAUGUUUUACAUGCAUGAUCUCACUUAAGCCUGGCCCCACCAGGAGCAGUAGGUUUCAACUAUCCAUUUUACUGAAGAGGACAUUGCAUUUUGGAGAGUAACCUCCUUGCCCCUUCAAGUAUCAAAGGGGAUUUGAAUGGAUGUUUUCCUGACUCCCAAGCCAUCACUCUAUCCAGUAUGCCACUUUGCCAGGGCAGGCGCCAUAGAGUCAGUCCAUAAACAUUCAUUAAGUACCUACUAUGUGCUAGGUUCUGUGCUAAGCAAUGGGGAUAUAAAUGUGAUGAAUGAAAAACCCCAAGAGAAAGUUUCUGCUUUAAAUACCUUUGUAAUAGGAAAUGCCCUUGAUGAAUGAAAAUAACCCUGAUUGGUGGACAUUUAAUAAGGAGGUUGGCUAGGAGUCUUCAGCUCCUCCGGCUUGACACUGAGACUCAGCUGCUGCCAGAAAUCUGGAUAGGGGAAGCCAUCUCCACCUGGACUACUCUGGCUGGUUUUCUCCUCCUCAAGCUGGGUCACCCUAAACUCUGCUGGAGGGGUACAGGGAGAGGCGCUCAUUUCCCAGAAUGGAUUCUGUUUACAAUUUAAGCAGAUGUUAGGACUCCUAGAUGGGUGGGGUCCCAUGGGUCCUGCAGGGUCCAGCCGAAGAUUGAAGAGCCUUUUUCUUGAGAGCUGGAACAAAUAUCUCAUAGAUCAGUCUUGUCCUUCAGAGACUAGCUUUCUACAGGGGCUGGGCCUUGAAUGAAGAAAUAAAGGAGAAAAGCCUGGAUUCCCACUUAAUAAUUAGUCAUUAACAUAAUAUAGCAAAAUAAUUUCUCUCACAAAGAAAGGCAAAAGUCCCUACCUUGAGGAUCUCACACUCUAAUGGAGGAGGUGAGACCUGAGGCUCUGACAUAAACGCACAGCCCUUAGCAUCCUAUGCUUUAGUAUCUUUUCUCCUCUGGGGCUCAGUGGUCUUAGAUUAUUUUUUAAAUGGUAUU